AUGAGACUCCCUCUUGUUGUGGUUAUGGCUUCUGUUGCUGAUGCCAACGGCACCAACAACACUGCCGGUCAAUCAGGAUCCUCAGGAUCUGGUGCGCAAAACACUUCGGCUAGUACACCAACAUCUGGAGCUGGAGGAUCUAGCUCGACCUCCGGAUCUCAGAAGAAGUGA